AUGUCGAGGUGCAGAAAAUUCCACUAAAACUUUUCACUCCCCACGGCUCAUAUGGCAGGUUGAUUGAGUGAAUGAUGACGUGGAAAGUUUCUCAAAGCAUCCAUUGUUUCACUGAGAGGGUAAAAAGAGCGUUGCAAAGGUUAUAAAGCUGAUAAAAACUGAAGUGAAGUGGGGCGAGUGAUGGAGAAGGCGGCGGGAGCAGUGAGUGAGGACCGUGGCGUUGAGUGGGGUGCUACGCUGAAUCUCUCUCUAUUCUCCUCAUUUAUCGUGAUUAUCCCUCGUUAUUCCUCCUCCUUCGCUAUCACCAUUGGGAGAUAUGAGAGAGAGUGACGUUUCCCGGCCUCCGUGACACCUGGGAACAAUCAGAACACAGAGGGAGAGGGGGAAAUAUUAAAAAAGCGAGGCGUGCGCGUGUGUGUGUGUGUGUGUGUCUGUGUUAUACCUGUUAUCCAUCCCAGAGAAGACUUCAGGGUGUUGUGACUUGUGUGGUGUUGCAAGCUUCCCAAACCUCUACAGUGUUGCCCAGCUGUGUCUGCGUGAGUGUGUGGCAAGACAAAACAGCAACACACACACACACGUACUCUCUCACACAUACAGGAACGAACGAAACGAAGUGAUUUUAAUGAGACGAAGCUUUUUGGGACAUGUAUCUUUGACAGGAAUACAGCACAAGGAAAAGAAAUAGCUUAAUACACUCCAAGAGACAUGAAUACUUGAGAAAGAAGGACAGAAGUGAAAAGUCCAUAUGGAAACGCGAUAAAGUACUCGUGUGAGGAGGGAAGAGAAGAGGAGGAGGAGGAGGAGGAAGAGGAUGCAAGGAAGAGAAGAAGAAUGAAGAUGAAGAUAACACCAGCUAUGUUAAGGUUUAUGAAAAGCGCCAGGCUGCAGAGGGGCGGCGCGUGGCGGGCGGCGCGUGUGGGCGUGGUGGUGAUGGUAGUGGUGGUGGUGUGGGUGUAUCUCGUCUCCAGCCCCGCCCACGACACGCACAUGCUGACCAGCGCUGAUUGGCGGAGCUCACCCAACGUGCCGGCGCCUCCACCAAUCAGAGAGCCUACGUGGGCCUCCUUCCCGCCACUCCCCCAGGCGCAAGGAGGGGAGGGAGGGGCUGGGAAAGAACAAAACUACAUAGACGGAAAACUCGACAAAGAAAACGGAGCGAAUUACAACUUGCAGGGCGGACUGAAGAAAACCCAGCGGGGCGUCGGAGGGGGAGGAAAAAAGGAGGAAAACGAGCAUAAUAGAUGGGAGGAGACGAACCCGCGCUACCACAGAGGACGGGAGGACAAAAUGGUGGCGGGAAAAUACGAAGAUGACAAAGAAAUCCCUAAAAUAUUCCCGCAAAGACGAAUAAUAUUACCAGGUGACACGGGACUGGUGGUGGAGGAGGAGGAGGACGAGGAAGAGGAGGAGGAGGAGGAGGAGGAGGGUAAAUGGAAUGGGAGAAACAUGGAGGAGAAGGAUAACCACGCCAUGGAAGAAGUAGAUGAAGGAAUAGGAAUAGGAGAAGAUAAUGAUAAUAACAACGAUAAUGAUUUUGUGCAGGAAGAAGUGGGAGGAGAAGCAAUAAAGAAGAAGAAGAAAACUAAGAACAAGAAGAGAGACAACAAACCAAUCACAAACCAACAAAAACAACGCACAAGAGAAAAUACCCAAAGAUGACCUCAAAAACCACCACCAUAAUGACCUUGAGAAACAAAAACAAGGGCAGAGGUCACAGGGCGGCUUUCCUGACCUUGACUUGGUGACGGCGGAGCAGGAGAUGAAGCAGAGGAGGGCGAGGGUGAAGGAGGUGUGCGCCAGACACGGAUUAGGACCCAAAGCGCCUCCUGGUACUCAGAAAGUGAAAUAUCCUCCUACCCCGAACUAUGAGACAUUCUAUAUUGACAGAGGAGACCGGCUAGCGUGGUGCCCGGUGUACAAGGCAGCCUCCACCUCCUGGCUCUACGGCUUCCUGAGUCUGGCUGGCAUCUCGGAGUCAUACAUGCAGAACACAAAGGAGCAGGUGUCAACAGUGGCGAGGCGUGUGUGGCCAGCGAUGCCUUAUGAUGAAGCUAAAGAGGCUAUGGACAUGUGCGUGAAGGUCCUCGUAGUUCGUCACCCCUUUGAACGCCUGGCCAGCGCCUUCCGAGACAAGCUGGAGAGGGUGGCGGGUGGAGAGAAGCACGGCACGGAACACUUCUAUAAAAAAUACGGCAGGAAAAUUGUCGAGAAGUACAGAAAGAAAGAGGCCCCGGGAACUAAUGGAGAGCGUCAACCACCACCACCACCACCACCCCCACCACCACCGCAGAGGUACUCCAAUGCCUUAGAUGACCAGCCAGCACCACCAGUACCACCAGCGCAGCCACCACCACGUUACAAGCACAUUUUGGACGACUCGCCACCAGUACCACCACCACAACCACCAGCGCAGCCUCCACAGCGCUACAGGCAUGCUAUUGAGGACCCACCAUCACUACAACAAUCCAUUGAACCAACAUUCCCUGAGUUCGUGAGGUAUUUAAUUGACACUGACUUGACACUCUACGCUGAUGACCACUGGAUGCCUUACCACCUCUCCUGCACGCCUUGCCUUCUCGACUUCGAUGUUAUAGCAAAGUUCGAGACUUUAGACCGUGACCAGGCUUACCUCCUGCAGAAGACCCACCUGCAGGAUAGGCUGAAACUCUCCUGGCGCCACCUGACCAAAGGGAACCGAACUAUUGAUGUGGUGAAGAAAUACUUUGCUGAUGUGCCCAAGAAACAUUUGCUGAGCCUUUAUGGGAAGUACAGGCUGGAUUUUGAGAUGUUUGACUAUAGUGUUGCUGAUUAUUUAAGCUAUGUGAAGGCCUAGAGAGAGAGAGAGAGAGAGAGUAUCUAUGGUGAUAAAAUGGAACUGACUCUUAUAUUAGUGUUUCUCAAUCUUGUGGGUGUGUGUGUGUGUGUGUGUGUGUGUGUGUGUGUGUGUGUGUGUGUGUGUGUGUGUUUGUUUGUUUGUUUGUUUGUUUGUUUCACUUUCACUAUUUGAUCUG